AUGAAAUUUGUAGUAAUUGCUGUCAGUAGUAAAUAUAAUGAUUAUUCCGAGCAGAUUCAAAAGAAGCUCCAUGCCGCUGGUUAUCGCGUUGAUACAGACUUGGAUCACGGAUCAACACUAAAUAAGAAAGUUCGCAAUGCACAACUUUCACAGUACAACUUCAUUCCUGUUGUUGGUGAAAAAGAUACGGUCUCAGACACGGUCAACGUCAGAACACAUGACAACAAAGUACUCGGUGAAAAGUCGGUCAUGGCCAUGAUCGAAUGCUUGCGCAAAAAUAAAUUUGAAUGUAAAUCCCAUGAUACGUCGCAAUUAUAGAAAAAUAGGUACGCGUACAUGCUAUUGGUCACUGGCAGACUGGCGGCAGUGGUCACUGGUACUUUAUCAGUGGUGGUAAUAUUGAUUUUAUCGUGGUGGUAAAUUCUUCCAUUCGUAAUUUAUGGCGAUAACCAUCAGCAACUUUUCAACUUUUUACCAUCAAGUUUUCACUCAAACGAGAUCGCUUCUCUUUCAUAUUUUGGCUUGUUUCUUGAGCUAGUAGGAGGCUGUAUGCGUUGAU